AUGUCCUUCCAGGCACCGCUCUCCUCGCAUUCCCGUUCCCCCAACGACCGGCAAAGUCCUCAGGGUCUUUCUGGCCUCGGCUUCUCUUCAAAUCAAGCUGGCGGCUUUUUUGAGAAGGAACGCACACUCCCGAUGUAUAAAGACAAACCAUAUUUCACACCGAGGCGCACGGCUCCAAGGCGACGAUGGAAAGGCAUCGCUAGUCUCCUAGCCCUGUGUGCUUUAUUUCUAUUUUGGUACAAUAAAUCGUCCCUCCCAUCUUUGCAGAGCUCAGACUCGAAAGACAAAGGAUUGCAGCUGUGGAAGUGGGUGCAAACACUGGAGAACGAAGUCUCACCCGAAAAGGCCGAUUGGGAUGCGCGUCGUGAGAGAGUGCGGGACACCUUCAGUGUUAGUUUUGAUGCCUACGAAAACGAGGCUUGGGGCUUUGAUCAAUACAGCCCAUCCUCUCAGAAUCACAAGAACAUGGUCGAGGGCGGCAUGGGUUGGAUGAUUGUCGACUCAUUGGACACCCUGAUUCUUAUGAAUUUGACAUCUCAGCUCCGGCAUGCCCGCCAGUGGAUUUCCACUUCGCUGCGGUACGACCAGGACCAUGAUGUGAAUACCUUUGAAACAACGAUUCGCAUGUUAGGCGGCCUGUUAUCUGCCCACUACUUGUCUAAUCAAUACCCUCACCUUGCCCCGAUUGCGGAUGAUGAUGUCGGCGCCGCUGGAGAAGACUUGUAUAUUGAAAAAGCCACUGACCUCGCAGAUCGGCUGCUUGGAGCAUUCGAAUCGAAUUCCGGGAUCCCAUUUUCCAGCGUCAAUCUAAAUAGAUCUCUUGGCAUACGAUCGCACUCCGAUGGUGGUGCUGCAUCUACAGCUGAGGCGACCACUGUACAACUCGAGUUUAAAUACUUGGCCAAGUUAACCGGAGAGGCCGAAUACUGGAGGGUUGUGGAAAAAGUAAUGGAGGCUGUUGACAAACAGCACCCGGAAGAUGGUCUCGUUCCUAUCUUCAUCCAUCCAGACUCCGGGGAAUUUCAAACCAAGAAUAUUCGCCUUGGAAGUCGAGGUGAUUCCUACUACGAAUACCUCAUCAAGCAAUAUCUCCAAACAUCAGAGCAGGAGCCAAUUUACAAAGAAUUGUGGGAUGAGUCCAUACAGGGCAUUCGCAAGCACCUUCUUGCCUUCACUAAAAAUGCUCAACUGAUGGUAUUGGGUGAACGACCCCGAGGCCUGUCUAAGGAUCUCCUCGGCAAGAUGGAUCACCUUGUGUGCUUCAUGCCAGGCACAAUUGCGCUGGGUGCCACUGGUGGCCAGCUUCUGUCCAAGGCUAGACAAUCUCCUGAAUGGUCCCAACAGCAUGAGGAGGAGAUCCUCAUUUCCCGAGAGCUCAUGAAGACCUGCUGGGCAACAUAUCUAAACACUGCUACUGGUCUUGCUCCUGAGAUUUCCCAUUUUGUCUUGGAUGAAAAACCCGUCAUGAUGGCAGAUAAAUAUGCCGAUCCUGCCACAUCCGCCACCGCAGCACCGUACGAAUUGCAAGGCAUUUCUCUUCCAUUAUCCCAACAGGCAGAUCGUUCUGAGCCGUGGAGAAAAGACAUCGACAUCCAUCCAAUGGAUCGCCACAACCUUCAGCGCCCUGAAACUGCCGAGUCCUUGUUCUACAUGUACCGCAUCACAGGCGACGAGAUAUAUCGCGAAUGGGGAUGGGAGAUGUUCAAGUCCUUUGUUCGGCAUACGGCCAUAAUUGAAACCGUGACACCAUCAGUGCCUGGAACAGUUUCCCCGCCAUAUGAGCGUAUCAAGAGCUUUACUUCCAUCGGGAAUGUCGAAGCUAUUCCGCCGGAAAAACGCGACAGGAUGGAGAGCUUUUGGCUAUCCGAAACUCUGAAAUAUUUUUAUCUCUUAUUUUCGGAUCGCGAUAUUAUUUCGCUAGAGGAGCACGUUUUUAACACAGAGGCGCACCCGCUGCCGCGGUUCAAGCUCGGCGGGGAGCUCAAGACAGGGUGGGAGAGGAAGCAUCAAGCAUCAAACAUGGAAGGCGUCUAA